CUGCAUCUACGUCCGGUCACAUGACCGCUGCUGGCGGAAGCGGCUGAAGUAGAUCCGGGCGGAAGUGAACCGGCCUCAGCCCCGGUCCCGCCCGCUGCUGCUGCCCCCCCCGGGUGCUCGGCGGCAGCGAGACGAGCCGCGGCCAUGGAGGCGGGCCCGGUUCCUGAGAGCGUUGCCGAGAAGUGCCCCCUGGCACCGGAAGACGUGGAGCCCGGCAGUGGGGUGUACUCCUGCUUCAUGAAGUCCCAUCGCUGCUACGACCUGAUCCCCACCAGCUCCAAGCUGGUCGUCUUCGACACCUCCCUGCAGGUGAAGAAAGCCUUCUUCGCGCUGGUCACCAACGGCGUGCGGGCCGCCCCGCUGUGGGACAGCAGGACGCAGAGCUUCGUGGGGAUGCUGACCAUCACCGACUUCAUCAACAUCCUCCAUCGCUACUACAAGUCGGCCAUGGUUCAAAUCUACGAGCUGGAGGAGCAUAAAAUCGAAACGUGGCGAGAGGUGUAUCUGCAAGACUCCUUCAAACCGCUGGUCUGCAUCUCCCCCAAUGCCAGCCUCUUCGACGCCGUCUCCUCGCUGAUCCAGAACAAGAUCCACCGGCUGCCCGUCAUCGACCCGGACUCGGGGAACACGCUCUACAUCCUCACACACAAACGCAUCCUCAAGUUCCUCAAGCUCUUCAUAACGGAGGUCCCGAAGCCGGAAUUCAUGGCCAAGACGCUGGAGCAGCUGAAGAUCGGCACCUACGCCAACAUCGCCCUGGUGCGCCCCAACACGCCGCUCUACGUUGCGCUGGGCAUCUUCGUGCAGCACCGCGUCUCCGCCCUGCCCGUGGUGGACGAGUCAGGUCGGGUCGUGGACAUUUACUCCAAGUUUGACGUCAUUAACCUGGCGGCCGAGAAGACGUACAACAACCUGGACGUGACGGUGACGCAGGCGCUGCAGCAUCGCUCGCAGUGCUUCGAGGGGGUGCUCAAGUGCUACAGACACGAGACCCUGGAGACCAUCAUCAACCGCCUGGUGGAGGCCGAGGUCCACAGGCUGGUGGUGGUGGACGAGAGCGAAGUGGUGAAGGGCAUCGUCUCCCUCUCUGACAUCCUGCAGGCGCUGGUGCUCCCGGGCGGGCCCCGGCCCUGAGGGGGGCUCCCCGCUGCCUGUCUGAGACUGUCGCCGAGGUGGGGCUCUGAGUGACAGGGACCGAGGAUGCUAGGCCCCCCCGGCACCCAUCACGCGCUGGCCCUGCCACUGCUCCACCAGCAUCACGCCUCCCGAGCCAGCUGCACACCGGCCAAAAGCCAGCAAUAAACCCCCCAGUUCUCCCGGGCAGGCUGGGCCCCGGGCCCCACCAGCGCGUCACUCGGCCGGGGGGAUGCCUGUGGCACCCUGCACUGGUGCUGCCAGCCCCUCCGAAACGGCCAGGGAAGCCCUGUGUGAUCAGCUGCCCCACGGUGCUGGACCUGUUCCCAUUUCUGUGCCCUGGGGCCCUUUGGCCACCCCCCGGGGGCUGGAACAGUUUCCUUAUUUCAUCCCCCACCCCCCAGGGGUCAGAUCUCAACCAGCUCCUGCCCUGCAGUGCCCCACGGCCCUGCCCCCGGGCAUCUGGAACUCCACCCCCCCCAUUCCCCAGUGAUUCGCCCCUGGGCAUCUGGAACUCCACCCCCCCCCCCAUUCCCCAGUGAUUCCCCCCUUCCCUAAGUCCAAACCCUGUUUUUACUGAGCACCGUUUUUGCCGCCUGGGGUGGGGACCUCGCUCACUCUUCCUCUCGCUGCCCCAGGCUUGGGACCUGGCACGCCCGGCUCGAGUCGGAGUCUGGGCCGGCAGCCGCUGGGAGGUUGGGGGAGGAGGUUCCCAGGGGCUUGUGCCCGGGGCCUCCUGCCCACGGCAUCUGCACCCCUCGCUGCUCGGUUACUGUAAGUCUAAUAAAAACCAGGCCAUGGGUCUGGAUGAAGUUA